CAAAGACUUUCCAGGAGGGUGCUGAGCAGGAAGCCGACUUUCUGCUGCGAUGAACUGACUUGUUGACGCACUCCACUGAGAACUCCAGGAUGAGGAAGGACAGACGGACCCAUAUGAUGUGGUUACUUUUACUUUGCAUAUUGCUCCUAGACUCAUGUACAGCCACUGAGUCCUGCACAGCUACGUCUUAUUGGUCUGACUGUUUCCUUGUUGGCUUGAUUGGUGGCUUAGCUUGUGGCCUGCCAUUGAUUAUAAGUGUCCUUAUUGUCUUGAGAUGCAAAAAUUCAACAAUCAGGUCGUAUAUUUUCUCUGCAAAAAGGGAAGAUCUGAAUGAAAAAAAGGCUCAGCUGCAGAAACAAUCCCAGAAGACACAAGAAGAACUGGCUGCAUGGGUGGUGGUAUUAACUCCAUUGAUGGAUCUGAAGAGGGGACUGUGGGGUCAAAGGGAAGAAUUCAGACUGCAGCUGGAAGAGAUAGACAGAGAGAGGGAGGAGAGCAAGGAAAAGCUUCAGUUAGUGGAGAAGGCAAUAGCAGAGAGUGAGAAAGAAAAGGCAACUGACAAAACAGAUGGAUACUUGAGAGAAAAACAAAGCCUGUUAAAGGCUCAGUGGAAACUGGAGAAGAGAAAGGAAGAACUGGAGAACCAGCAACUGAACAUGGAGAAACUGCUGCAGAAAACAGAGGGUACCAUAGCAACAAUAACAGAGAGACAGAGGAAAGUAGAGAACCACAUGGAGCUGAUUAACUUGCACCUGGAAGAGGUAGAAAGUCAGGAUGAUAAAGCUCAUCUAAACAGAGAGUAGUCAGAAAGUUUAUCACGUAUACCUGUACAGUCAAUACUGUUUCCUUUCUGCUGGGUCAUUAUUAACACUUUUAAUACUAAGUGACCCUCACAGACAUUUUUGUUUAUACUGAAAAAGACAGCUACAGCUACAAUUGGCAUCCUCCAGACUUUGGAUUUAAGCACCUUUAUUAUUAUAUUGUGUGUGUCAUAACUACAUUGAUAAGAGCUAUCUUUUUUGAAUAUAUUGUAAUGCUGGCAGCACGGUGGUG